AAAAAGAUGGCCAUAUGUGGACCGUUCUUGUAUAAACUUUGAAUGACCACCUGAUUGCAUGCCUCUCUCUGUCGACAUUCACUUUUGAUCGUCUUGGCUUGACGUUGUCCAGUUGUUUCUCCACUACACUGUUGACCAGAGAUAGGUGUGUUGGUUGUGUUGGAAGGUUUCAUUACUAGCCUAUCAUUUCCAAAGGAAAUCUUAACAAGGAAACUCAUUCGGGAAAACAUUUCAUUUCUCUUUGUUUUGUUAAAACCAAGCCAUGUAUUCAACCGCGUUCAUCUUGAUCAUAAUAGCCUAUGGCUCUUCGGCAUUGGCCCAACGCUCCAUGUACCAGGGAAACGAAGAGAACAGCAAAAAGCACCCGCCAUCAGGCCCUCAGCAGCAUCAACAACAGCAGCAGCAUCCAGCGUCUCAGCAAUCUAGGCCAUCACCCAAACAUCACAAUGAUGUAGCCACCAAUAAGCCCCAGCGCCCAGCGAUGAAUUUUAACGAAGACAAUUUCGGCGCUGAGCCCGGGUGUAAGGAUCCUUGGACAACAGAAUGGACAAGAGAUCCCAACGAUUGUACACAGGUACACUUUUGUAUCCAAGGAAAGAAACAAUGGACCAUCAACUGUAACGACACCAGGAUUUGGUCUAAUGUAGGUCACGCCUGCGUGGAACCAAUGUCACAGUGGGACGACUGCAAUCAAGUGAUGACUACACCUGCUCUGAACGAUCCUCGGUGUUUAAGUCAACCGAAUGGCAUGAACCCUGAUCCCGAGAACUGCGCCACGUUCUUGGCCUGUGUCAACAUGACCGUGGUCGCCACAAUGGAGUGCCCCACCAACACUCUCUUCUCUACCAGGAACAACACGUGCGAGCUGAGCUUUUUGGUGGCCUCUGAAUGCAAAGAGAGAAGUAUACCUGGUCACGUGGUCGUAACCACCGCCAGUCCUAUAGUGGACAAACCAUGCGAAGGGACGUCUAAUGGAGACGUCAGCGACCCAACCCACUGCGCCCGGUUCUACAAGUGCAACUACGGACGCGUGGUGGCCAGAAUUCGUUGCCCCAGCAACAGCGCCUUCAAUGAGGCUAAGAAAAAGUGCGACUGGCGAGCCAACGUGCAGUGCGGCGACAGGCCCAUCUUCUAGACGUCGCCUAUGUCACGUGUUCCCUGGCUGAAGUGUUCAAUCUGCUGACAGUUCUGCACCCGGCUGACUUUCUUGCAAAAACAACUCUUUAUCUACAUUUCAUAUUCAUUUGGUUGCAUCUCAGACAUUGUUUAUUUCAGCGCUUCUCAAUCUGUGGUAGGAGAAGCUCAGAAUGUGGGGCUACUCCACAGAAUGGUAGAGGGAAAACUUCUAGUGUUAUCUAGUAUUAGUGGUCAAAGUAUUAAAGGAAUUCAAAUUAGUCUUGCACCUUUACACUAGGGAUCAAAUUGGUAAAUUAAAAUGCUUCAUUAAGGGUAAAUGCAACACCAAGGGUAGAGAGUCGUUGGUUUAUUUAAAAUGAACUAGAUGGCACAACUCAUGCUUUUUUCCCAUUGUUGUAUUGGUGUACAUAAUCUUUCACGCAUAUUACAUGUCUCUGGCUAAAUACAUUCUUCGACAGAUUUCAACUUUUUGUUUCACUGGCUUUGUAUCUCUUUCUUUUUUCUAUCCACAGUUUUAUUAUUAUUAUUAUUAUUAUAUUGUUUUGUUGUUGUUGUUGUUUUUUAAUUCUGUACAUGUUUGAUCACGUGACAUUGUAAGAGUAAAUAAAAAAAACACUAAAAGAAAAAACAGAGGAAGAAAGAAUGUUUGUGUUUCGUCCACCAUGAAGUCAAUCAGCAAUUGAAAAUGAAGUCAGUGUUGAAGGCAUUGGGUGGUCACUGCUACAAGCAUCAUGACGUCAUGUUUUGAGCUUUUGAAUGUGAUGUUUUAUUUUAUUUCACUAUGUUUGCUACUUUUUUCUUUUCUACAAUAAAAUGUUUUUUUUUCAAAUAAA